UGGGACGAGAAGACGAAGACUUAUCGACUUUCUGGCUCCAAAACAUGGAUUAGCAACAGCCCCGUAGCAGAUGUCUUAAUAGUAUGGGCACGAAGCGAUAGGCACAAUAAUGACAUCAAGGGUUUUAUUCUUGAAAAAGGCAUGGAGGGACUUACCUGCCCGAAAAUUGAAGGUAAAUUGUCAUUGCGAACAUCAAUUACUGGCCAAAUUGCCAUGGAUGAGGUACCGGUACCAGAAGCUAACCUGCUUCCAAAGGUAAAAGGUCUUGCCGGCCCAUUUGGUUGCUUGAACAAUGCUCGCAUGGGUAUAGCUUUUGGCACCCUGGGUGCUGCAGAAGAUUGCUUUCAUCGAUCGCGGGAAUAUGCAAUGGAGCGAAAGCAAUUCGACAAGCCCCUGGCCCAAAUGCAACUUAUACAGCUGAAAUUUGCCGACAUGCUCACCGAAAUUACCCUUGGCUUGCAAGCUUGCUUGAGAGUUGCCAGGUUGAAGGAUGAAGGUUUGGUUAGUCCUGAACAGAUUUCCAUGAUCAAGAGAAAUUCAUGUGGUAAAGCCUUGGACAUAGCGCGGAAGGCUCGAGAUAUUCUAGGUGGAAAUGGCAUCGUUGAUGAAUAUCACGUAAUACGUCAUAUGAUCAAUUUGGAAACGGUAAAUACUUACGAAGGGAUUUUUAUGGCGCACUAACA